GAGGAGGAGUCUCAGUUUGUCCUCUUGUCCCCCAGCAGGAGGAGGAGUCUCAGUUUGUCCUCUUGUCCCCCAGCAGGAGGAGGAGUCUCAGUUUGUCCUCUUGUCCCCCAGCAGGAGGAGGAGUCUCAGUUUGUCCUCUUGUCCCCCAGCAGGAGGAGGAGUCUCAGUUUGUCCUCUUGUCCCCCAGCAGGAGGUGAUGGCCGCUCCCGUCCACCUGCCGCCUCCCAGUAAGAGCUGGGAGCUGAGUCUGUACGAGCUGCACCGGAGUCCACAGGAGGCGAUCAUGGACGGCACGGAGGUGGCCGUGUCCCCCCGCUCUCUGCACAGCGAGCUCAUGUGUCCCAUCUGUCUGGACAUGCUGAAGAACACCAUGACCACCAAGGAGUGUCUGCACCGCUUCUGCUCCGACUGCAUCGUCACGGCGCUGCGCUCCGGGAACAAGGAGUGUCCGACCUGCAGGAAGAAGCUGGUUUCCAGACGCUCGCUGCGGCGAGACUCAAACUUCGAUGCUUUGAUCUCUAAGAUCUACCCGAGCCGCGAGGAGUACGAGGCCCACCAGCGCCGGGUCCUGGACCGCCUCAACCGGCUGCACAACCAGGAGGCGCUGAGCUCCAGCAUCGAGGAGGGGCUCCGCCAGCAGGCACGCUACAGGAACCACCGGGUGAAGAAGCCGACGCAGGAAAGUGACAACACCACCUUCAGCGGGGGGGAGGACAACGGGGACGCCCGCUCCCACCUGUCCCACGACUCCGCCCCCUCACACCCCCCCCACCAAUGCGGUCAGACGCCCUCGGAGGCGGGGCCAAGCCGCAAGAGGCCGCGGGGGUCGGAGGACGGCUCGGGCGCCGAGGCCGACAGCGGGAGCCCCGCCCCUCCUGUGAGACGCCUUCAAGAGGGAGGGGCCUCGGAGAUCGAGCUGGUGUUCAGACCACACCCACAGCUGGUCCACGCCCAGGACUACAACCAGACCAGAUUCGUGAAGACGACAGCGAACGCCACAGUCGACCACCUGUCCAAGUACCUGGCUCUGCGCAUCGCUCUGGAGGACGGACUCACCACCAGGGAGGAGGGAGGGAGGGAGGAGGGAGGAGGGGGAGAGGAGGGAGCAGCAGAGGGAGGAGGAGACGGUGGAGGAGCGGCGGGCGGCGCCGGGUCGAGUCUGGGCAGCGUCAGUGAGAAGCAGUACACCAUCUACAUCAUGACCCGAGGGGGGCAGCUGUCUACGCUGAACGGAUCUCUGACUCUGGAGUUGGUCAACGAGAAGUUCUGGAAGGUCCGGAAGCCGCUGGAGCUUUACUACGCCCCGACCCAGGAGCAGCAGCCGGCGCCGCCCGCCCAGCAGAAGACUCCGCCCCCUCAGAGAGAGGGCUGAGGACGCUGCUGCUCACCCCCCCCCC